CCCAACUCAUUUUAUUUGUUUUUUACUUUUUCGUCGCUUCUCCGGAAACUCAGCCUUGGCACCUCCUUCCGUUGAAGAAGAAACACCUCCCCCCGGUUCCCUUCAUCCCUCUUAUUCUUUUUCUUUUCUCUUUCCUUCGCUAUAACUCCAACAGACUCUUCUUCAUGUUCUAACGUCCCCUUUUAUAUCUUUUCCUUUGCAAUUAUAUGUUGAGGUCAAUGGCCCUUUAAACGGUUUUGCACAACGGUCGAAAACAACACAGACGCACCUCGCAUCCCACUCUAUUCCUUGUCCUCUUCACAAAAGAAUCAGAGUGACAUCCAGGGCUGAGUAAGAGUAAAGCACACCCUUCCCUUUGAUCACUUCUCCGGCACCUCGUAGAUCCCCGGGAAUAAUGAAUCCCUUCUCGGCUCUUUCUUAUCUUCACUCCAACAUCCCCUCACUGCUACCUGAGCUCUCUUCCAUCCUUUGCCACCGCAAAAGCAGGACCCCCAGCAAGAAGAGGAGCAACAAAAGCCGUUCUCAAACACAUCUUCACUCUUCAAAAUAUUCAAAGGAGCUGAUCCAUCGCUACAACGCUAAUACCACGACCACUAUCACACUGCCCUCAAACCAUCCCCGCAGAGGCUCCAAGAUGGCCUCCUCACCAUCCUCACCCAUGAUUGUGCCAAGGUAUGCCAUUCGAAGGAACAACUCCACGCCGACCUCCCAUACAACUCCCCCCACCAGGGCCAUAGGCAGAGUGCCGAUGGACAGUUACGAUCACGCACGGUACUUCAACCCUUCGCCCGCCGACAUCCUCUCGUCCUCCUAUCCAUCCCCAAGGACGCAGACCCCUACGAGAUCAAAGCACAAGAAAUCUUCGUCGUCACCAUCGCUCCUGCUAUCACCUCCCCUAGCGCCGCGGUCGCCCUCAUCGUCGACACCGCCCACUCCGUCUCUGACGUCUUUGGCAUCUUCUUCCGCAGUCCUGCUCGAGAGCGAGGUCGAGCCAUUGGAUCUGCAGCAGCCAACAUUGCCUCAUGGCUCGUCCAGAGAUCCUGUUACAACACCAGCGCCGACAGCUACGCCCACUUCGUCAUUAUUUUUUAUUAGGUCAAGGUCUGCAUCAAACACCCCUGCUGCCACGCCGCCCGCAUCUCCUGCACUCCAUGCGACAUCCACAAGUUGUUCCGCCGGUCCGAGUCCCUCUACAACUCCACCGUCAUCGCCAUCUCCGUCGUUCCUGGCCACAUGGCACGGCAGACUUCCCUCGAUCCCAAGGCCGUCGCCUUUGAUGCCCUUUCGGGCUGCCAAAAAGGUAGUCACCUCGGUCACGUCCGUCGGUUCUGGCCUCUUGCCGUCCAAGGAGCAGUUGGGGUCCAUCCCUGUUGCCGGCCGCAUCCUGAAGCACCCUGUGAUGGACUCUACACUCACCUACAUCGCCUCCAAGACGACACAACGUGGAGCAGGGGCAGGGAGCAAGGCUAUUUCACCAGAAGACGUUCAUUAUCGUAAACUGAACAAAAAGCUGGUCGACCAGGCGAUCACCCUAUCAGCGUUGGCCAUUGAGAGGGAGGAUCAGUCCAAGACCAUCGACGAUGAAGCUGGCGAUGACGCAUUUGAGCUCUAUCUAGCUGCUAUUGCGAUGCUGAUGCACGCUUUGCCAAUCGAGACAUGCGAUCCUCUGCGACGAGAAGCCUUUGAAUCUCAACUACGAAACUUCCUCCAAGAGAACCAGCUAGAUGGAGAAACUGAGAAUGACAUCAACUCAAAGCAACUCCGCCGCCGUCGGCGUAGACGACAUCGCGAGCAUCUCGACCAGGCAACGUCUUUGAUCUAUCAGCACUCUGGCGCCAUCGCCAGCAUCAGCAGCAGCAGCAAUGCACCUCAUAGUCCACAGGGUGCGCAGCGCAAGCAGCGGCAUGGCAAGUCGGGUCAUCGCAGCCGGAAUUCUUGCCGAGGACGACGCGGAAAGGACGCUGACAAUGCUGGUCCGACACUCGGCGAGGCCAUCGUCGCCACCGCAGUCGAGUCUGCCAUCCGGCUCAAGCAGUCUCCUAUCCCAGACGCGAUCAAAACUUGCUACCAUGCCUCUCGUACUAUCUUCUCUAAAAUGGAUGAGAGGUUUCAUAUUCAGGAUAGGGCAUGGCAGCUGUCGAAGCAGUCGAUCGAGAAGGCGAUUGAGUUAGACGAGCAGUACGCAAUCCACGAGGUCAUGACCGAGACGUUCUUUGCCACUGUUACCGGUCUCGUCAAGGCUGGAAUCGCCUACAAGGAGACCCCCAGUUAUUCUACCGUUAAAGCUCUGGUAACCCAGCAGCAUCAGAGUCAAGAUGAAGUCCAGGCAGCUCUUCCGGCUCUAGAAGCAGAACGGUCUCAUAAUCCACAGACCAUCGUGGACUACAAGGAGGCCUCGUCUCCUUCAUUUACGAGGCGAUAUUCAGUUAUUACAGAGGAAGAUGAGGAGAGCACUACGGUGGACGAUGGUACUGAGGCGUACGAUCGAGAAAUAGACGAGUCUUCGUCCUCAGAGUACGCGAGUUCGGAUGAUGAGGACGACGAAGGGGAAGUUGGAAAUAAGUUUGGUCGCAAACAUGGUAGAAACCCUUUCGAGGCACGGCGGUACGGCUUAUUCUCACAGACAGCUGCAUCUGCGCUCCCUGGGCCGUACACUGACCAAACUCAACAACGAGUCGGUCUGGUUAUGGCUCUGAGGGGUGCAGCUUCAUUGUUCAUGAGUGGUCUUGCAUCGAAAUAAAUCUAUUCCUAUGCGAUCGGUA